AUGCGAGUAUUGGAAUGGAACGAAGCAACUAAAAUCAAUCAAAAAGGAAUGAAAUAGUUGAUUAUAAAUUUUCCAAAUUUUUCACUUACGCAUAUCUUUAUCAAUCAUUAAGAAGAAUGCAAGGAUACUUCAUGAUUAAGAUAAAUAUUAUCAAGAUAUUUUUAUUGUUGUUUUACUUGUCUUAUCUGCAUCAAAACCGAAUCUUUUGAGUCAAAUUAUUAUACAUUAUUUUAAAGAAGCUCUUUAGGUUAUAUAUUAUAAUAUGUGAUAUAUAGAGUGUAUCAGACAUACAAUAUUUCGAGCUCUCAGGAGAUAUUAAUCCGUCACUGAUUUACCCUACUUCUUGAGCCUGCUCGCAAUAGUAGAAGCACACAUCGCCACGUUACAUCUUGCAUCUCUCAGUCUUUCCGCUUCCGCUUCCAUGGUUAUGCUUGUUAUCUGCGUAUCGCAACAGUCUCUUUUCUUAAUCUCAUUCCAGCACAAAUUUCUCAUAUAUGCAGCGUUCAAAUUUAUUUAAAUUCCUUACUUCUGCCGAUAUUUUAAUGCACAUUUAAUUACACGCGUGUUUAAUCGCUAGUAUUUCAUUUUAAGAUAAUUCAUAAUUUGACUCCGUUAAAAGAUACAUUUUUGUCACAGCUGUAAACAACUUCUUGAUAAUAUUUAUCUGAAUCGUGAAGUAUCCUUGCAUUCUUGAAUUUGAAGCAAGAGCAGAUCAAACUAUAUAACCUACGGUGAUACGACGCUUACGCCAUUACGAAACAAGACGAGCACGUCCACUUACCAAGUACCACACUUUUACAUUUCUAACACUAAAUAAUAUGAAUAAAUAAAGAAAUAAAAUAAUUUUUGAAGAGGGAAAAGCACGGAAUAAUGAUCGAAAGCGCCUAUACGUACUCGCUAUGUAGGACAUUCUUUUUCAGAAGCUCGGAGUUGUGCGUUUAAAUCACCGCUGCGCUCUCCACUCGAUUCAGCGCCUCCAUUCGACUUGCGGUCACGUGACACGGCGCGCGCAUCACGUGACGUAUGGAGCGUCAGCUGAUAAAUACUACGGGCGUAUGCGCAGAAGCGACGUCCUACGUGCGUGCGUGCCCACUGCCCGGUGGGUGUCCCUACGUGCACUGAUCGCAGCUGAUGGGACAGAUGUUGUUAUGAACGAGACAAAUUUCACUCAGACCGACACAGGACACUCUGCCGCAUCCUCGCUGUACUCGACGACAGGCAGACAUGACGGAAUCCAGCUGAGCCAGACGCGCCCAGGUACUAAUCGGGUACCCACGAACAAAUCGAUGGCAUAAAUGCGCUCGGCUAUCAGCGUUAUCCUGUCGAGUCCGGUGCCCGACAACAAGAUGUCCCAUCCCGACUACGAGCAGACCGCACACGACCACGCCGCUCUGCUGCUGCUGCUGCGGCCGGUCGGCACGCAGAUCAAGCCGAAGACGGUCAGCAGGUUAUGCGAGAGGAUCAUCAAGGCUGGCAGCAGGUUCUCCGUGUCGGAUUCCACCGGUGGCACCCGGGAGAUCCUCGCCAGGUUCGUCAGGGAGCAUCCUGUGGAGAACAACGACUGGGGGGACUUUCAGACCCACAGGCGGCUGCUGGGUCUGAUCACGUUCGGCAGGUACGACAAUCAGGUAGAGCUGAACGAGCUGUGCAGGGUGCACGAGACCCUGAAGGUGAAGUACAGCAGUACCCUGUACGACUCGCGAGCUAUCCUGCUCGGUCCCGUCGAGUCGAAUGGCCGUCACGAGCCGCCACCAGGCUACACCACACCCAGCAACUUCAAGACACGUGCAGUGUUCUACGUGGACGAGAGCUGCCCCGACCUAGAAACGCAAACGGCCGAGUACCUGAACUUCCUGUUUUGGAUCCUGGAGUCGAAGAGGCUGGAACGCUCCAGGGAGAAGAUAGACCGCGUCUCCCUUCUGCUGGCUCCGUUCGAGAAGAAGGACUUCAUAGGAUUGGAUCUUGACUCAAGAAACAAUAAGAAGAGAUGCGUGGGUCGCAUGACGAAGCAUCUGGGAGAUCUGUGUCUUCAGGCGGGGCUACCGUCCGAUGCGUUGAACAAUUACAAUUCCGCGGCCAACAUCCUGCAGGCAGUCAACGAUUGGCUGUGGCUGGGGGCGGCGUACGAGGGUCUCUGCGCUGCCUCGGUCCUCGUUCUUUAUCCUAAUAUGUGUCGGAGUCUUCCGUUGCAAAGGAACUCUUCCUUACAAGAAGGUAGUCCAAGUAAGCAGAGACGAGAAUCGCAAGCCAUCGCGGCUCUGCCAUCUCCGCCUAGUAUAGAAGUGGUGAAGGCCAACAUGCCGCACAUUUUAUUACCUGAGGAGAUAUCGAAGAAGUAUCGCGAGGCUAUAGUGCAUUACAGUAAAUAUCAGUAUGCGGGUAUCAUCGAGACUGAGGCUAGUUUCAAAGCGACAAGAAUCUCAAUAGAGCAGAACUGUACGUUACAGGCAGCAUCGUAUUUAAAUAACGUUGUGCUGAUCAACUUGCAUCUCAGCGAGCAAGAGAAAAUCGAUCGAUUCACCACGUUGUCCGAUCUGUACACCAGCUUCGGCUUCGACAGAAAGGCCUCGUUCUGUUUGCGAUUGGCGGCCACGCGCCACGUAUCGCAAAAUAACCCCAACCCCGACUGGCAACAAUGCUACAACUUGAUGUUACAAGCAACGUCCGGCUUUAAAUUGUCUUUGGAUCCUGUCAACAUGCCACCAGCUGGACAAAAAGGGUGGCCGAUCAUACAGAUUCAAGUGAUAAAUGAGCUUGUUGCCGCUGCAAAUCGAAUGGGCAAUCCAGCACUAGCUACGAGACACCUGACAUUCCUGCUGCAGACGAUGUACAAUCAUCUGACGCCUGACGAACGGAAAGAGACCGCGCUACAACUUCAGAACGUGUCUCAACAGUGUGAGGGCGCACCAGUCCCUCUUGUUUUAGACUCUGGCACCGUUAUACCACCAGCUAACUUGCUAAAUAUACCAAAAACGAAGUCGUUCAGCCUGAAGAACAUGCAGCCGCACUUGCAGCCUCAGAAGAUAGAAAGAGUAAAGGAAGAUCAUGGCCCGUUUCUAUUCACGCCAAUCAACUUUGGAUCGCUGGAGCGCAAGAACACCUCGAAGAGCAAAGUUGAUUACUUGUGGGUGGAGGGCGACAUCUGCGAAGUAUCGAUGCAACUGAUAAAUCCGCUGCCGUUUGAGCUGCACGUGUCCAACAUGAGGCUGUUGACGAACGGCGUGGUGUUCGAGUCGAUACCGGAAAGUAUUAGCCUGCCCGCCGAAUCCGGCCCGAUCGCGGUUACGCUAGCAGGCAGGCCCAAGGAAGUCGGAGAUCUGGAAAUACUCGGGUUCAGCACGCACACGUUAGGCGUCAAGUCUAACUGCAGACUGAGACACAUGGAGGGCAUGCUGCAUCCGCAGUACACGGUCGAGGUGAUACCGGCCUUGCCGAGAAUCGACGUCGCGACUAGCUUGCCUCAAACGGCCAGCUUCAGUUCGGGCGACAACAUAGUCACCAGCGCGAGCGUGUCGCUCUACGGUGGUGAGAGCGCCGAGUGUACCGUGACGAUCACGAACGUUGGCCAGGUUCCCAUCGAGAUGGUCGAAUUGUCGGUGCAGUCCGCCUUGGACGCCACGACCGAAAGCAAAAUAUUUAAGUGGAGCGACGAGAAUCUGAUGACACAGUUGCCGUUACAGCCCGGUAGCAGCGCGAGUCUCACUCUGUAUCUGUAUGCGGCGACGGAUUUUGUAGCACCGUCAAUCAGACAUGAUGUUACCAGCAGUACCUACCUUAGUCAACCGAGCAGCUUGAUGUCGCAUUCAGGCCACAGUUCCCUGCCAUCUAGACUCAGUUCUCCGUCUCAUCAUACAAAGAGACAAUCCGAGCUGACCUCCUCCUUCAGGUCGGGAUUGAGCUCGCACUCUGGCCAUUCCUCCCUAGCAAGCACGCGUUUAUCGAAACUCGCGGUGCCAUUGCACACGUCGAACGUUAUCGAGGGUCAGUUGAAAAUAAAAUACUCGGGUGGCGCAGGCUUGGUAGCCGGUUACUGCAGAACCUCGUCCGUCUUCAUAACCAUCGAGAUGCUACCUAGUGUACAAAUCACCAAUUGGGACGUACUACCGGCCGAAACGCCACUGCAAUUUUAUCUCGUGCUGGACGUGACGAACAUGACGAAUCACGAAAUGGAGUUGCAUUACACGCAAAGUAAAUGUAUAUACAUGGAAGGUAAAGAACCGUGUCGAAUUCCCGUUCCGGUUGACCGAUGUCCGCUUAAUAAAUUGUCUAUGUUGAAUGGCACCGGCGACACCGGUGAGCUCCAAAAGAUAUGCGCCGAACAUAUAGCCUCGCUAGUCGAUCUGCGCUGGCAAUUAUUGGGUACAGAGUCAACGGGAAAGGCGACUCUAUCCGGCAUUACCCUAACUCAGGAUAUGCUAGACCUCGUCAGAAUGAGCCCUCUACAAUGGGAGAUAACCAUUAAUGACGCCACUGUGAAAGCGCAAGAUGAACUGACGUGUUGUUUGGGUGAAUGCGUGAGCGUCGGUGUCGGAGUGUGCAAUGCUCUGGGACAUCCGCUGAGCGAUCUCACAUUGUCUAUUAACUUCUACCAGGAUCAUCACAAUGGAGUUAAUAAUUAUCAGUUGGAGACGAGACUGUCUAUAGCCGGCGCGAAUAAAGUCAUGCUGCCUGCGUUGCAGGAAUACGGCAGAGCCUAUCACGAGUGCCGCGUAGUAUUUUUCACAGCUGGUCAGUACAAAAUAGAUAUCCAGUGCAGUAGCAAAGAAUCCGCUCCAAACUCUCCAGUACUUUACUCGGAACUUCUAAACGCCGGGCACACAUGGCGCUAUAUACCGCCCAUCGAAAUAACCGUCGAUGAUUAUUAGCACACGUCACAUUGUCCAUUUAAAUAUCAGUAAGUUAUAAUAUUUGUAAAAAAAAGUUCUAAGACAUUGUUGUAUUAAUGAUACAUAGAAAUAAAGCAUUUACUUUCUUUACUG